GUGUGUGUGUGUCUCUCUCCCUUGGUCUCAGCCCUAGCUCAUUGGCAAGCUAAUCACGCCUGUUUAGUUGGGGAAAGCACGCGCCGCCGCAGUAGCGCGGGCUGAGCUCCUCGGAAGGAAGUUUAGGAGGCGUACAGGCCUUGCGGACCUCUGGUUGGCGCUUAGACCCCGGCGGCGGGAGUUCCCUGCACGUGCUUCCUCUGGCAACAUGGAGCUGGAGGAGUUAGGGAUCCGAGAGGAAUGUGGCGUGUUCGGGUGCAUCAGCUCAGGAGAGUGGCCCACGCAGCUAGAUGUGCCGCAUGUGAUCGCUCUGGGACUCGUGGGGCUGCAGCACCGGGGCCAGGAGAGUGCUGGUAUUGUCACCAGUGAUGGGAAUUCAGUACCAACAUACAGAACACACAAGGGAAUGGGUCUCAUAAAUCAUGUCUUUACUGAAGACAAUUUGAAGAAAUUAUAUACUUCAAAUCUUGGGAUUGGACACACGAGGUAUGCUACGACAGGAAACUGUGAAUUAGAAAACUGUCAGCCCUUUGUUGUUGAAACACUUCACGGGAAAAUAGCUGUGGCACACAAUGGUGAAUUGGUCAAUGCUGCUCGAUUAAGGAAAAAGCUUCUGCGCCAUGGUAUUGGUCUGUCAACAAGUUCUGACAGUGAGAUGAUCACCCAGUUACUGGCAUAUACCCCUCCGCAGGAACGGGAUGAUACUCCAGACUGGGUAGCAAGGAUUAAAAACUUAAUGAAGGAAGCACCCACAGCAUAUUCCCUACUUAUUAUGCACAGAGAUGUUAUUUAUGCAGUACGAGAUCCCUAUGGAAAUCGCCCUCUAUGCAUUGGUCGUCUUAUUCCUGUAUCUGAUAUAAAUAAAGAGAAAAAAUCUUUAGAAACGGAAGGAUGGGUGGUGUCUUCAGAAUCUUGUAGCUUUUUAUCUAUUGGUGCAAGAUAUUACCGUGAAGUCUUACCUGGAGAAAUUGUGGAAAUAUCUAGACAUAAAGUCCAAAGUCUUGCUGUCAUACCAAGGUCUGGAGGAAACCCAAUGGCUUUCUGUAUCUUUGAGUAUGUUUAUUUUGCAAGACCAGAUAGUAUAUUUGAAGACCAAAUGGUUUACACAGUGAGGUACCGGUGUGGGCAGCAGCUGGCAAUCGAAGCCCCUGUGGAUGCGGAUUUGGUUAGCACUGUGCCAGAAUCGGCUACACCCGCUGCUCUUGGUUAUGCUGGAAAGUGCGGGCUCCCGUAUGUGGAGGUGCUGUGUAAAAACCGGUAUGUAGGAAGAACCUUCAUUCAGCCAAACAUGAGAUUAAGACAGCUUGGUGUUGCAAAAAAAUUCGGAGUAUUGUCAGACAACUUUAAAGGCAAAAGAAUUGUUCUUAUAGAUGAUUCAAUUGUGAGAGGCAAUACCAUCUCACCUAUCAUCAAGUUGCUCAAAGAAUCUGGUGCAAAAGAGGUACAUAUUCGAGUAGCUUCACCACCAAUUAGAUAUCCAUGCUUCAUGGGAAUAAACAUACCAACAAAAGAAGAGCUUAUUGCCAAUAAACCAGAAUUUGAGCAGCUUGCUGAGUAUCUUGGAGCAAACAGUGUCGUAUAUCUGUCAGUAGAAGGACUGGUUUCAUCUGUACAAGAAGGGAUAACAUUUAAAAAACAGAAAGUGAAAAAGCAAGAUAUUAGGAUUCAGGAAAAUGGGAAUGGUGUAGAAUGCUUUGAAAAGAAUGGUCAUUGUACAGCUUGUCUCACUGGAAAAUACCCUGUGGAAUUGGAUUGGUAGCUUGUAGCAGUAGAUACGAUGUUUCAAGAUAUGAAGUUGGUCAAGGAGUUAGAAUGGUUACAUCUUAUCCAUUAGUGUUACCCAGUUGGUCAAUGUAAAUGACACAUGAUUAUGUUCACCUUUGUAAGUUUUGACAUCUUUUUUUCCCUGAAAAGGGUACCAAAGUGCUUUGCUCUCUUUAAUAAUCCUAAAUAUUUUGGUGUUAUCUAGGAACUUGGAUUAUCUUCUCAGUUUUAUUUUAGUAGUUUAGUACUUUGAGGCUAUCCAUUAUGAGAUCAUCAACAGUAAUAUAAAGGUUGGGUUAUCUAAAAAUUUUCAAUUUUAGACAGGAUUGCCACAUACUAUAUACCUUACCACAAAUUCUUAUAGAAUUUUGUGGAAUGUUUCUUAGGUGUUAUUGAAAUUCAGUUAUGGAAUAUUUUCAUAAUUGAACCUUGCUAGUUUCAUAUAAUACAACAAUAUUGGCAUUUUUUUUUUUUACACAGGCAACAGCUAGCUAUUUUCACCUGGUCAGAAAAGGCAGGUGGUAAGUGGCACUUGCCAGGUCCGUGAUUUAAAGAGUUUGCAAGCAGUUAGAAUGAGAUGAUGUGACACAAACAAGACACGUUAAGUAUAACAUUUCAUGCAAAUUUUGAAUCUGUUUUACCCCAAAUGUGUCAAAUCUGUAGAGUUCUGAUUGUAAGCAUGACUUUGGCAUUCUUGUCUAACUUUAGACAAAUCUUUUUUUAAUGCCUUUUUGUGCCUCACUUUUCCCCCACGUGUUUAAUGGGCUAUUUACCAU